UCUUAUGGAUAAUCUUUGGACUUGAAAAUUUUGUUUUCAUUUUUAAGUUUCUUUGAUUGUUUUACAAAAAAAUAUUUAUUCGGCAUUUUUGUACUUUAUUUCUUACUCUUAACCUGAUAUUAAACUUUGUAAAUAACUUAAUUCAAUCAUGGAUGAAGCAUCAAAACAAACUAUUGAAUCCUAUAUAAAUGACACCCUCAAAGAUGAAAUAAAACGUCUCGAUCAAUAUAUUCAAAUGUACAACGAGGAAAUUAUGGAAUUUGUUCAAUUGAAGAAUUCAAUUGAAGCAUUACAAAAAAACCCCGGCGAAGGAAUAAAGACAAAAAUGAAUAUUGGUGGUAGAAAUUUUAUGACUGCGGAAGUAUCAUCUACAGAUAAAAUUAUAAUUGAUGUGGGAAAAUCUUGUUUUGUUGAAUUUACAAUUGAAGAAGCUAUAAAGUUUUUAAAUUUUAAAAUUACUGUGCUAACAAAAGAAUGUCAAGUAGUGAGAGAUGAAAGUAUUAAACAACGGUCGAAUGUCAAACUGACGAUGGUUUUAUCUUAAGAAAAACAAAUAAUAAAUAUAGAAUGUUUCAUUUUUGAA